AUUGAAUGUUGCACCAAAGACCAUAACACAUCGUCCCAUAUCACAUCACUACCUUGAUUUCUAUACACACUUGCUUUCUUACCCAUCUCUCCACUAUCAUCAACCUCUUCCACUAGAAUCUGAUUCACUGAUUCAUUCCUGUCUCAACUCAUGGCUUUCACAUCAAUUCUAUCUUCCUCCUCUUCUUAUUCUCCCCUUGUUCAAACCAACAUCCACCGCUUUUCUGUUUCUGGGAAAACAAGAAGAAGAAUCAUCACGUGUUCAUCAACGUCAACGUCUUUUUCAUCAAUCUCGACGACCCAUUUCGAUUUGAAGACUUAUUGGAGUACCCUUAUAGCUGAAAUUGAUGAUAAGCUUGAUGAAGCUAUCCAAGUUCAAUACCCAAAUCAGAUCUAUGAGGCUAUGAGAUACUCUGUUCUUGCUCAUGGUGCUAAACGAGCUCCCCCCGUUAUGUGCGUGGCUGCGUGUGAGCUUUUAGGUGGUGACCGUCGUGCUGCUUUUCCCACUGCUUGUGCCCUUGAAAUGGUUCAUGCUGCUUCAUUGAUACAUGAUGACUUGCCAUGCAUGGAUGAUGAUCCCUCCCGUCGAGGACGACCCUCAAACCACACCAUAUAUGGCACUGACAUGGCAAUUCUUGCUGGUGAUGCCUUAUUUCCUCUAGGCUUCCAGCACAUUGUUUCUCAUACACCUUCCAGCCUUGUCCCGGAGGACCGUCUCCUCCGAGUGAUAGCUGAGAUUGCCAGAGCAGUUGGGUCCACAGGUAUGGCAGCUGGUCAGUUCCUUGACCUAGAAGGUGGACCGAACUCUGUAGAAUUUGUCCUAGAAAAAAAGUAUGGUGAAAUGGGCGAGUGUUCAGCUGUGUGUGGAGGUCUGAUAGCAGGAGCCACUGAUGAUGAGAUUGAAAGACUGAGAAAGUAUGGUAGAGCUGUCGGAGUAUUAUAUCAGGUUGUUGAUGAUGUGUUGGAAGAGAAAAUGAGGAGUCAAGAUGAGAAGGGAAAAAAGGGAGGUAAAAGUUACGUGAGGGUGUAUGGUGUGGAGAAGGCAAUGGAAGUAGCGGAGGAACUUAGAGGUAGGGCAAAGAGAGAGUUGGAUAGUUUUGAGAAGUACGGGGAGAGGUUGCUACCGCUAUACAGCUUUGUAGAUUAUGCAGCAGAUAGAAGUUUUACUAUAGGUGGUCAAGCGUGAUAGUUGAACAGAGCCUCGAGUAAUUAUUUGUAUCGUUGUGUUGGUUCUAUUUAUUUAGACCACAAAUCCGUACAUAGGAUGGGAGUUUCCAGAAAUACAAACUCAUCAAAAUGUUAUGGUGUAUGAUUCUGCUGUCACGUUCUGUGAAAGAAACGGGUCCUGAAGUUUGGACGAGGGAUGAGGUAUUGCCGCCUUCUCCGGGCAUCAGAUUUGAACAUGUGUUUCUGUAAAAAUAGCCAUUUUCUCAAAGGAUGAUUUUGAUCUUGUAAUUCUUAAUUAAAAAAGUAGUAGGAGUUUAUCGGCUUGAUGUUUUUGCUUGCCAGUUUCUAAUGACUACAUUGGAAGUUAGACAGCUAUUGGAUUUGACAGUUGUUCUUUCA